AUGAAACUAAAUGAAAACGUUUGUAAAAAGCUAAGCGAACCGGCAUACUGGAGUUCGAUUUCGAAAUCAUCGUUGAUUAAGUAUUUAAUUUAUCUCUCACAAAAAACAAAAGAUUCGCUCCCGAAAGACAAGAUUCAAAGUCAAUACAUAUCAGAACUCACCAUAAUCAAACGAAGUUAUAAAGAAAUGGACGAACAAUACAAAACAGUGGUAGAAGCUUUGGAAAAGUUUGCUAAUGAGAAAACAUCAGAGGAAGUGAAGGAUUUCUGGGAAGACAACAAAUUGGACCAAAAACUUAAUAUAUUAGAUAAAAAACAAAAAUUGAUCGAGGCUGAAGGUGUUGUGAAUUUUUUGCAAACGGGAAAUGAACGCUUAAACGAUACUUCGAAGAUGGUUCAUAAGUUUCAGUUAAAUUUUUUGGAAAGAAAUGAAGCAAAAAAAUCCAGAAAUGAUGAACUAGAAGAAGCGGAGGAUGCUAACAAGGAUGAGUUAGCUACGGAUAACAAACCUUAUCUCUUAAGAAAAAGACGAGAUAUCGAUUAUAAUGAGGAACGGAUGAUAAAAAAACAACAUCAAGAUGGAUACUCUACACCAUCACCAUGUAGUCCAAAAUUACAUUCAUUGCCAAUAGAUAAUCCAUUUGUAGUGAAAGAAGACGAGUACGGCACCAUAAUAAUUGAUGAUGUAGACGAACUGUGCUUCAAUGAUGGGGAUCCAGAAAAUGAUCUUAAGAUAGGAGAAAUCAACAUAUCUCAAUUAUUCCGGAAAUACCAGAAUGAGUCAGUAAAGGUCGCAAAGACCGAUGGUCUAUUCGUUGAAUCAAACGUACAUGAAAUACUGGCACUGUCCUCGAUUUUUCUGCUUAUUCCGGGCUCUUACUCAAAAAAGAUGAUCAACAUAUUUGGUUCUCCUCUGCUUGAUGAAGUCUAUAAACAAGUCAAACCUGUUCAGCAAACAGAAAUAGACUCAGAAUGUGAAUCAAAGUUUCGAAAGGUGAUCAAGCAAGCAACAAAAGAGUCGCGUCGCAGUGCCAUAAAAUCACUGCUAGCAGAACUUACGAACGAUCAAACGUUGGAUAAGAACUUGGAUUCUGUUAUCUUGGAAUGUUUGAAAACGUUGCCGACUGGAAAGAUUAAAAAUGAACCAAGCGAAAUAACGUUGAUUACAAAUUAUCUGGACCGCAUCAUGAAGGAAAUAUUUCAUGAUCCAGAUAAACAUAUUGUUGAAUGGCCCAAUACGGGUCUUGAUGAAAGCAAGGCAAGAAAGUCACAGGGAAGAAGCAAACAACCGGACUUUGUAGUAUCUAUUGUCCAUCAGUUACAGACAAGUGGUAUCAUAUUUGUGGGUGAAGUCAGUCCACCUUCAGAAAAGAAUAAUGUUUAUAAGAAUUGUAAUGAUCUAAUCCGUGUUGGUAUAUUUAUGAAAGAUUGUCUUGAUUCAGCUAUAGACUUGGGUGCUGACAUAAAAUUGCUAGGUUUUCAAUGCGUUGGUUUUACAUUAGACUUCUAUAUGAUGGAUCUCAUUCAGGGAACAUAUACUAUGAUCCAUAUUGGGCAAUUUUCAGUUCCAGCUUCAGUAAAAGAAAUGUUGUCUUUUGUUGAUGAAAUAGAAGUGCUUUUAGUAGUACAAGAAAUUUUUCACAAAUCCUUUAAUACUUUUUAUACUAAGAUCUGUAAUCCAAGUUCACCAUCAACAAAAGCAAGUUUCAAACGUGAUACUCUUGGAACACCAAAAUUUAAACAGCUUGUUAGCAAGACACGUGACUGUCACAGAAGUUGUCCAUUUUGGUUUGGACGUUUUUAG